AUGUCACCGAAACCAAAGUUCGUCUUCGUUCUCUCUUCGCAGAGCAUUCUCCCAAGUCGAGGCACUCCCACUGGGUGGUAUCUCCCUGAACUUGUUCAUCCCUAUAAUGCGCUUGCACCCCUGUUUGAUAUUAUAGUCUCAUCACCGAAUGGCGGUGAGGCACCUCUGGACCCCUACUCAGUUGAAGCGACCAAAGAGGAUCCUGAAUGUGUAGCUUUUCUCAAAGAGAAGUCCCAUAUCUGGAAAAAUACCGUCAAGCUCCAAUCCCUCUUAGGCAAUGCGUCUGAGUUCGCUGGAAUCUUCUACGUCGGCGGCCACGGUCCGAUGUUUGAUCUUGCAAACGAUGAGAUAUCUCAUGCUCUUGUCCGUGAAUUCUACGAAAGUGGCAAAGUGGUAUCUGCAGUGUGCCAUGGGCCUGCCGCUUUGGUCAACGUGAAAUUAUCGGACGGGAAGUACCUGGUUGCUGGUCAGGAGGUCACGGGUCUCUCAAAUGCAGAGGAGGAGAUCAUGCAGUUCACUAAAGAUAUGCCAUUCCUCUUGGAGACCAAGCUGCGCGAGAAUGGGGGAAUCUACCAGAAGGCUGAUAGCCCUUUCGGCGACAAAGUCAUCACGAGUGGACGGAACGGCAAGUUGGUUACCGGUCAGAACCCUCCGAGCGCCGGUAUGAUCGGCAAAAGUUUGAUCAAAGCGGCUGGCCUGUAA